GAAAGUCCAUAUGAUUUGCGUUGACUGGCAGUCACUGGCGUUCAAUGUUAUGAUUGCAUUGACUGUGAAAACUCAUUGAAGUCUAUUGUAUUGAGUGAUUAGCUGUGCAUUGAAUACGAGUCAAUACACGUGGCGUUCAAUCAAUAAUACAUUUAUUUGUUAUUAUUUGACACCAAAUCGACAGCUAAUUGAUCCAUCGGUUCACCCAUCCAUUGAUGCGAUUAUCACCCGAAAGUCAUGUCCAACAGACAGGAGUUGAUAUCAAAGGCUGAGGACGUGGCGGAUGAGGUGUUGCGUCGGUCGAAGACAAUCCUACCAACGAUAGCCCGCUUGUGUCUGGUGUCCACAUUCAUCGAGGAUGGCAUCCGCAUGUGGUUCCAGUGGUCAGAGCAGAGGGAUUACAUGAACAGCCAAUGGGGCUGUGGCUACAUAUUGGCCACACUUUUUGUCUUAAUCAAUAUGUUGUCCCAAUUGGCCGGUUCUGGGCUCGUGUUGACCCGCUUUCACGUGACCAUCGCGUGCGGCGUACUCUUCGGCACUGUUGUGCUUCAGACAUUCGCGUAUUCAAUCCUCUGGGACCUGAACUUCUUGCUGAGGAAUAUGAGUCUAUGCGGCGCUCUGUUGCUGCUGUUGGCCGAGUGUAAGGCGGAGGCGCGCUCUCUGUUCGCCGGUGUGCCCAGUCUUGGGGAGAACCGUCCGAAGACUUAUAUGCAGUUAACCGGAAGAAUACUAACGGUUCUCAUGUUCGCCACAAUCCUUCACUUAGACGUCGAUGUCUUUCAAAUCAUUCAAAACAUUAUAGCCAUCGGACUCAUGGCGGCCGUCACUAUCGGCUAUAAGACCAAACUGUCGGCCCUUUUGCUGGUCGUGUGGCUCACGGACUCACACAAACCAAUGCAUGAUUUCCUGAAAUACGACUUUUUCCAGACGCUCUCCGUCAUCGGCGGCCUCUUAAUGAUCGUACUCUUAGGACCCGGAGGUCUGUCACUGGAUAACCACAAGAAGAAGUGGUAG